AUGCCGCGUGGCUCUAUCGACGAAGCGAAGCGGCAGCCUGUUAAUCUGGCACCCGCCCAGGUCGCUCCUGCCUUCAAUGCAUCACAAGCGGACUACACGCCAUCAUCAUGCCUCGUCAACCUGACUCUCAGCUUCUAUGUGGAGAGUCUGAGUUGUAUCAUCUCCAUCUUUAAGAGCAUGAACUGGACAGAAGGAGCGCGUGCCCGGGCCCCGAAGAAUAGGAGAAGGGACGAGGAGCUGUCGCGGCAACAAGAGUUUUUUGCCAAAGCUCGGAUGCGGCAUGCUGCAGAAGCCAAAUCAACAGAGGUUGCACGUCGUCAUCAGAGCCAAGCCGCUGUGACCUUUGACAUAGAAGAUCGGCGAAACACCGCAGAAACCCUGACCCAAGAACGUGAUAGGACAAGACGGCAUUCAGCUCAGAAGAGGCCUCGGAAUGGUUCAACGGCGAGCCCAUCACCGCGAAUAACUCCCGCUAUCAACUCGCCGGCACAGCAGGAGAGGGCUCUUUCGCCGCGCAAUGCAAACGAGGUCAAUGUACCCACUGGUGCUGCCGAUAUCAAAGCCAAGAAGCAGAGACUGCUGAGAAAAGACGACUGGACGGGAAUAUCCCUUCAGAAAUCCCUUACCAUAGAUUACCCGCAGCCUACAAAGAUGCAACACGGUAGUUUACGGCGAAACCCACGCAAAGCUGUUAAUUUUGAAGCAGCCAGGGUAACAUCUACCAAGUCGAAAGCUGGCGACAUUCGGGUCUGCGUUGGGAGUCAGAAUUUCAGAUAG